CGGAAGUGGACAUUCAAAACAAACCUGCUGGCUAACAACCCAAAGAAUAUUUAUCGGAGAUUGUUGUAUCAUUCUUGUUUACUAUAAACCAUGGUGUCAUAGUGAAGGUUGGAGAUUAUUCUUAUUAUUAUUUUAUCAUGAAUCUAAGAGGACUGUUCCAGGAUUUUAAUCCCAGCAAAUUCCUCAUAUAUGCCUCCCUUUUGCUGUUCUCCAUCUUGCUGGCGCUAAAGCUGGAUGGAGUUAUCCAAUGGAGUUACUGGGCGGUGUUCACACCCAUCUGGCUUUGGAAACUCCUGGUUGUCAUCGGCGCCUCGGUUGGGACUGGUGUGUGGGCUUCUAACCCGCGCUAUAGAGCGGAGGGUGAGACACAUGUGGAAUUCAAAGCCAUGUUGAUAGCAGUGACCAUUCACAUUCUGCUGCUGAUGUUUGAAGUACUGGUGUGUGACAGAAUCGAGAGGGGCUCCUACUUCUGGCUGCUCGUCUUCAUGCCCCUCUUCUUUGCUUCGCCUCUGUCAGUGGCUGCUUGUGUCUGGGGGUUCCGCCAUGACCGUGCACUGGAGUUGGAGAUAAUCUGCUCGGUCAACAUUCUCCAGUUUAUUUUCAUUGCCUUGCGACUGGACAAAAUAAUCACCUGGGACUGGCUGGUAGUGUGUGUGCCACUGUGGAUCCUCAUGUCUUUCCUGUGUCUGGUCGUGCUCUACUACAUAAUUUGGUCCAUGCUCUUCCUGCGCUCUGUAGACAUCAUCGCAGAGCAGCGUCGUACUUACGUCACCAUGGCUGUGAGCUGGAUAACCAUUGUGGUGCCACUCCUAAUCUUCGAGAUCUUGCUUGUUCAUAAACUGGAUGGACAUAACAAAUUGAGUUAUGUCUCUCUCUUUGUGCCUUUAUGGGUCUCGUUGGUCACGCUCAUGGCCAGCACUUUUGGGCAGAAAGGCGGGAAUCACUGGUGGUUUGGCAUCCGCAAAGACUUCUGCCAUUUCCUUCUGGAGCUUUUCCCUCUCCUACGAGAGUACGGCAACAUCUCCUACAACCUGCAGCAUGAUGACUCUGACACCUUCGAGGAGACACGUGCUGUCCCUGAACCUUUGAAAGUUGCCCCCAUGUUCUUCCACAAAGGAGUAGAGAUCAUGCCAUUCCCUGGGAAAUACUUUGACCCUCCCCCUAAACUGUCGAUAGACAUACCUGAUUAAAGGUAACUGCAGACUUUUCAAGAACUGUACAGAAGUUCCAGGAGGAGGCCAGGAACCAAUACUUGCUUUGUUACUUGUCUUUUUUUGGUUUUGGUUUUGCUGUUAUAAUUCAGGUAUUUUUGAUAUGUCAAAGAUAAAGUGUGAAAUAAG